AGAUCUCUGCUGAAUGAACACGGAAAUAUUUCGAAGAUUUUAAGAAGAAGCAGCCGAAACUUUUGGUGAGUUUGGCUGUUAAAAUAAUUAAAUCCACAAUGGCUGAGAGAGCUCUGCUGGAAAAUUUCCUGAGCUGCCAUGUGUGUUCAGAGACUUUCAGAGAUCCUGUGUCUCUGAGCUGCAACCACAGCUUCUGUUCAAGCUGCCUGCAGAAAUUCUGGGAACAAGCUGGAAACAAGAACUGUCCCAUCUGUAAAAGAAGAUCUUCCAAAGAGGAUCCAGGAGUAAACUUCUCUCUGAAGGAACUGGCUGACUCUUUUACUGGAAAACAGAAAUCUGCAUCAUCUGAGGCAGAAAAAGGAGCAAAGCAGCUGAUGGUGGUCUGCAGCAAACACCAAGAAGACCCUAAACUGUUCUGUGAAGACGAGCAGAGAGCUGUGUGUCCUGUCUGUGAGUUUUCUCUCCACCAGAGUCACAAAGUGGUUCCUAUAGAACAAGCAGUCAGUGAGCUGAAGGAGCAGCUGAGAUCUGACUUAAAGUCUCUGCAGGACAAGAGGAACAAACACAAACAGGUGGAGAAAACAUACAAGGAUGUGAUUCAACACUCCAAGAAGCAGCUGUUGUCCACAGAGAGACAGAUCAGAGCAGAGUUCAACAAGCUCCACCAGUUCCUGAAAGAGGAAGAGAAGUCCAGACUGGCAGCUCUGAGGGAGGAAGAGGAGCAGAAGGGGAAGACUAUCAGCAGAGAGAUGAAGAGGAUCCAGGAGCAGAUCUCCUCUCUGUCAGACAGCAUCUCUGCUGUUGAAGAAGACCUGCAGAAAGACAACGUGUCGUUCCUCAGCAGUUAUAAAGCCACUCAGAGCAGAGCCAGAGGUCAGAGGUCACUGUCAGAUCCACAGCUGGUCUCAGGAGCUCUGAUAGAUGUGGCCAAACACCUGGGCAACCUGUCCUUCAGAGUCUGGGAGAAGAUGAAGGACAAGGUCCACUUCAGUCCUGUCAUUCUGGACCCAAACACUGCAAAUGGAUGGCUCUACCUGUCUGAUGAUCUGACCAGUGUGAGAAAUGGAGAUGAAUGGCAGCAGCUUCCUGAUAAUCCAGAGAGAAACACUUAUUCUGCAACUGUCUUUGGUUCUGAGGGCUUCAGCUCAGGGAAACACAGCUGGGAGGUGGAGGUGGGAGAUCAUCCUGACUGGAAUAUCGGUUAUGUUAAAGAGUCAGUUGACAGGAAGGGAGAGGCAUCUGCUUCACCAGAAUAUGGAACCUGGUGUUUACUUCAUGGUGAUGGAAAAUACACUAAUGGUGAUUGUCAAACUCUCACAGUGAAGAAGAAUCUCCAGAAGAUCAGAGUCCAGCUGGACUAUGACAGGGGGGAGGUGUCCUUCUACGACCCUGAAGACAUGUCUCACAUCUACACUUACAGAGACACUUUCACUGAGAAACUCUUCCCUUUUUUCAGUGUUGGAGAAGCUGCUGAUGCCAAAACUUCUGAUCUCAAAAUCUGUCAAACUGAGAUUUCGGUUUAAACAUCAAAGUUGUGUUUUUAAAUUCUCUGAAUUAUUUUUAGCAUUUUUAGAUCCUUCUAUUUGCAGUCAGACCAACCUUUGUUUAAAUUGUUAAUGAGCAUGUUUUUUUUAAUGUUUUUGAGGUUUUUAAACUUUAAUUUGAAAUUAAAAAUAGGAAAACAUGACAAUUCAUUUUGAAAAUCACAACAUCUUUAUCAUUUAAGUGUUUUUAUUUUUGUGAAACUAGUAUAAAAUAACCAUUUAAGAAUGUUUUUACUUCAGUAUUUAGUUGUAAUCUUUCUCAUCAGCAUUGGACAAUUUUUCAUUUUCCAAUUUUACUGUUGAGGAAAAACUCUGUAGUUCUCUGGACUUCAAAUCACAGUCAGAACCAGCAGCCAGUUCUAUUAGUCCAGUUAUUAUUUAUGCUGAUAGAAAGCUUUAAAUCACAAAGUUUUUUUCUCCUGAAACAUUUAUAGAAUCAGUUCAUAUUCACCAGCAGAGAGUGGAUUAACGGAGAACUGUUUCUGAUAGCAGUUCUGUUGUUCCUCACAGUAAACUGGAUCCAGAACCCGACCUGGUCCAGAUGCUCCAGGUUCUGGUCUCUUUGCAGCCUGCAGAGCUCCUGCAGCUCCUCCAUGUAGGACAGGGGUGGACAAAGUUUUUGACUCGUGGGCCACAAUGGGUUCUUAAAUCUGACAGAGGGGCCGGGCUAGGAGAAGAUGUAUGAAGUAUUUGUGUAAAUUACUAAAAAUGACACGUAAAGCCAUUGCAUAAAAGGUUUUAGCUUUAACAGGUAGUAAAUCAUGAAUAUGCAAGGCUUAUUGUACAAAUUAUAUAUAUUUUUUUCACAACAUAGUGAAAUCACAUUCACUUUCAGGAAGAACAGUUGUUGACCUCCUUUUUUUUGUCAGUGCAUCAAAGUUUGGAGUUCGUUUUGUUGUGGCGGUUCUCAGGAUGGAGCUCAGGUGUUGCUGCAUUAACUUAGAUCUGUGAUGGACUUUGUUGAAGUUCAUGAGUCUGAACGUCUGCUCUCACAUGUAGGUUGAGACAAACAGUAGCAGCAUCUUCUGGGCUUCCCUCCGCAGGUUUGGAAACGUGACUUAAUAAGUGAAGCAUAAAAAUCAUUCAGUUUAUGAGAGCUGAAAUUGUCCUUUAACACGGAGUCAGACCUGUGGUGCUGUUUCAGGAUCUUGUGAUAAUGGACACCAGCUGAAGUGAUUUGUCCAUUUUCUCAAAAUCAGAGAACUGACAGCAGAAUUCUCUGAGUAGGUCGCUCAGUAAUUUGCUGUAUUUUUUCACGUUUUGGGCAGCCUCUGUUUGCAAGGCUAACGUGGGAAAAUGAGCCAAAGAUGUUUUUGAAAUUUGUUUGGAGAAUAAGGUGAAUUUGGAUUUAAAUGAUUUCACAUGUUGUGCACAAACUGAUCUUUCCCCUCCUGGCUGUUCAACUGUGGAUAACUUUUGUUUAUCUUGUGGUUUUAUUUUUCUCUAGCUCUUAAAAUUGUUUUGAAUUGUGCUGUUAUGUACUUUUUAGUUUUUAUC